AUGACUUCCGAAGAUAUAGGAGCAUAUCAUGGAGGCGCUUCCGAGCGCCUUCGCCGGUUUUACCGAGGGACCACGUUCCAGGCUAUCAUACUCGGGUUGGUUAGCUUUACCCAACCUGGUAUCUGGGUCGCGUUGAACAACCUUGGAGCUGGUGGACAAGCAGAACCAUAUGUGGUCAAUGCCGCCAAUGUGGUGACAUUCGCUAUCAUGGUCGUCUUCUCUCCAAUUUGCGCAGUUUUCGGCAAUCGGUACAGUCUCAAAUGGGUGCUUGUGUUCGGAACGAUCGGCUACGUGCCAUAUUGCGCUGCCUUGUAUACAAAUACCGUCUACGGAACGCAGUGGUUUCUCAUAUUUGGAGCAGCUACGUGUGGUUUCUCGGCUGCGGCCCUUUGGACGGCUGAGGGAGCCAUCGCCGUUGGCUAUCCAGAAGCCUCCCGCCGAGGCUGGUGCGUGGCCAUCUGGCUCGCCCUCAACAAGAUCGGCUCGCUCAUCGCCAGCUGCAUACAGCUUGGCCUUAAUACGAGCAAGGAUGAGGCGGGGAGCAUCAGUCCCACCACAUAUCUUGUUCUGGUUGGGCUAACGUGUGCGGGUCUUCCCCUCUCGUUGCUCUUGUCCUCUCCCGAAAAGCUCCUCCGCAGGGAUGGAACCAAGCCUACAGCUCGUUCGAGUAAAACCACAUUCAAGCAAGGUUUCAAGGACUUUUGGGCAGUCUGUAAGACCAAGCACAUCUACAUGCUGGUGCCAAUCUUCAUUACGGCACAAUGGGGACAAACCUACAACGGCAACUACCUCGCCGCAUAUUUUUCGGUCCGGGGGCGCACACUCGCAGGGUUUAUUGUCACCAUUGUUGGGAUCAUUGUCAACUUCGUUGUCGGUUGGUUCCUUGAUUCGAAGUAUCUCCGCCGCUCUACCCGCUCGAGGGCCAUGUGGACUAUAAUCGCGGUGAUCUACGUCGCUGGAUGGAUCUACCAAUUCAUCAACCAGGCCGACUACCAGAAAGAAGACGCUGUCUUUGACUGGUCAUCCCCGGGCUAUGCACGGGGUCUAUGCGCAUACUUGCUGUAUAGAGUCGGUUACGAAGCAGUCGGCACAUGGAUCGGGGAAUCACUCGGGUCAACCUUCAGCUAUGCUGUGGGUGCCUCGAAGUCAGCGUCUCUCAUGACAAAUCUGAUUGUUGCUGCUGUUGUAUGGUUCGUGUCCGCGCCGAUGGCCACAUGGAGUGCGUGGAAGGUCACAGACUCUCAAGAAGAGGAGACGCUAUCUGUUGAAGGUUCUAUGGCGACUUCGAUCCAUGAGGAGCACUUCGAUGGCAAAGCUUUCGAUUCAUCCUCGAGCGCAACACCUCGUGUGUAA